CUACAUAUUUUGAAAAUGGGCGGCAAAGGCGGUGGCGGAGGAGGUGCCAAAGGAAGUGGUGGUGGAGGAGGUACUGGAGCUGCUGGCAAAGGUAGUGGUGGUGUUGGUGGUGGCGGCGGCGGCGGCGGUUCCUCAAAGGGUGGUGGCAGUGGUGGCAUGAUGGUUGCUCCGGGCAGUGGAGGAGGAGCCCAUAUCUCAAGGGAUACUUUUGAGAGCAACCCUCAGGGUGGUGGUGGAGGAGGUGGCAAAGGAGGCGGUGGUGGUGGUGGAGCUGCUGGCAAAGGUGGUGGUGGUGGUGGUUCCUCAAAGGGCGGUGGCAUGAUAUAUGGUGUGCAUGAGUUUCCGGCGGAUCUAGCAAGGACGUCGGGAUUUUCAGCCGAAACCGGCUUUGGGUCGUUUGGGGUUGGAGCUAACGAGUUGUACAAUCUACAUAUAUAUAUUUUGAGAAUGGGCGGCAAAGGAGGCGGUGGAGGAGGAGGAGGUGGCAAAGGAGGCGGUGGCGGAGGAGGAGGUGGCAAAGGAGGAGGUGGAGCUGCUGGCAAAGUUGGUGGUGGUGGUGGCGGUGGUUCCUCAAAAGGCGGUGGCAUGAUGGUUGCUCCGGGCAGUGGAGGAGGAUCCCAUAUCCCAAGGGAUACUUUUCAGAGCAACCCCAAGGUCUAUUUUUCUGGCCUGCACGUUGGGAAGAAAGGAGCAAAAUAGAUCGAUGCUACGUUAUUGACUGCUAUCUUUGCUUGUGGAGGUUUCCAGCUGGUAUAUGAAUAAUAUGACUACAGCUAGCUUUAUGGGUUAUAUAUAUGGUGCAAUAAAUAAAUUGAAGUAGUAAUAUUUAAUCCUUCUAA